AAACCCGGAAGAGGAUUAUGGAGCGCAGGUCAUACAGAGCAGCAUUAUGGCGAUCGUCUUGUGAAGCAAUGUAGACAAAGCGGUCAAAAGUACACCKAUGUUGAUCUACAGAGGCGCAAAGUGGUCUCGCUAGUGACCGACCGACCAUUUCGCAAUCAUUCGCUGGCACCCCUUCAUGUUAGUGAAAGUCCGUCCAUGUUCUUUUCCAAUAUUUUGCGUUGUUGCAUUGAGACGUAAAUACUCAGCUGUAUUUUAAAUUCUUCAUAAUCGUUAUCGCCUGCGAGAGACAUGGGGAAUGGAAUGAACAAGGUUGUUGAUGGGGUCUACCUGGGAAAUAUCAGAGGUAUGGUCAAAUGCUACAAGGGAAGAGAUGACAAGAAUAUCUAACUCUGAGAACAGAGAAAGUUUGUCCCAGAACAACAUCACCCACAUCCUGUCUGUGUAUAACAAUGCUAAACCCGUGCUGGAGGACAUGACCUACCUGUGUAUCCACGCAGCUGAUGCGUCUAGCCAGAACCUGUCACAGCAUUUCAAAGAGAGCAUCAGGUUCAUCCACGAAUGUCGUCUAAAUGGAGGGGCCUGUCUGGUGCACUGCCUGGCCGGUGUGUCCCGUAGUACUACCAUGGUGGUGGCCUACCUGAUGACCGUCACCACCUACAGCUGGGAGGAGUGUCUGUCGGCUGUCAAGGCUGUGCGUUCCUUUGUAGGCCCGAAUUAUGGCUUCCAACAUCAACUACAGGAGUACCAGAUGAACCAAGUCACAGAGUACCGGGCGUGGCUGCGGGCCAGUUUCCGCCCCAGUCCUUUUAAGGACCAGGAGCAGGUGGGAGCGCUGCUGAACCAGUACAUAGAGCAGCAACAGCAGGAGAACCAGAGGAGAGGAGGGGACCAGGGCUGGAUGAACCAGGCCUCCAGUGUCUACCCUCUACCCUACAAUGCCUACAACGGCUCUGGGGGCAACAGAUGAGCCAAGGGGCCUCGGGUCUCCGUGAUCCCACCAACCUCCAGCUCAGGCCUGCCUGGAGAGUGAGACAAUGGCCCAGUCCCAAAAUCACCCCUAGGCACUUAGAUCUGAAAGGAUCGAAUGGGUGUAAGAUGGGGCCAGGGGUUUCUCUUGACCAAGACAUUCUCCAGACCCUAGUCCUAAGCAAUAUGGGAAUAGCUCCACCCUGCCCUCUGAUAGACUAGGUGGAAUUGUCACCCUAUUGCCUGUAACUAUUUAGUACUUACAGGUCCCAAGUGCAUAGGGGUAUUUUGGGGGCAUUGGCUAACUGACUCUCUCACCACUGCACUACCUCCCAUGUCCCUCGCCACCUUCACCACUGAACUGACCUUAGUGCAGCCUGAUCAGGAGCUCUGAUGCUCACUGAAGCCUUAGUCCAAACACCUCCACACCUCAACACCUUGACCUUACAGCCACAUACUACCAUGAGGCUUCACCUGUCCUAUAACCUCGCCUCAACUCACCUCUAAACCCAACGGGUCAAUAGAUAAAGAAUUGUAGGACUAGCAGUUUUUUUCCCGUAAUCAUCUGCCUAAGACCUAUAACGAGGACCUGGUUAGGUCACAUGAUCAGGAAAAAGUCCUGCACAUAACAUUACAUUUAAUCAAUUAUUAUUAAUAUGUUUAUCAAUAUGUUAUUACAUGGUACCAUGAUUACGUCAUGUUAAAUGCAGUCCGCUGGUUAGAUGGAGGAUCUGAUUGGUGUUGAGGGUUGAAUGGACAUAUGAAUGAACAUAAGAUGCUCUCCGCCCUAAUUUAAACUGAUCCAGCUACUGUAUACCUGCAUGUGAUAAAGGUUUAAAUAACAGCAGCUUUGCCAUAGAAAAUGAAUGCCUCGUUCCAGCUAGUAAAAUGAAGGAUCAUUACAGCCCAAAGUCAUAAUAUGGGGUCUUCCUAAAAUCUACCAUAAAUCUGCUAUGGAAAUUUGCUUGUCAAUUUAUCAGAAGCUAUAAAUAUACAUWUAUUUUUAGGGAAUUUUUAAGAUCUUUGUUAAAUGUUUAGUGGUACAAAUGAUGUUGUAUCAUAGUGUAUAUAUCUGCUUUAUUAAUAUUAAAAUGUACACUUUCAUUGUUUGCCCAAAAAUAUAUGCUAAUAAAUACUAUUAUGAAGCCAAA